CCUCUGAGGAGCUCAUCAAUGGCCUUGAGGAAUACGUCGCCGAGAGCUUUGCCUCGGUGACCGUGCGUGAGGGGGUGGACAUUGUACAAACCAACUUGUCCUUCUUACGCCAGCAGUUUACUCGCAUGGCUACACACAUCUUGCGCUGCACAGACCACACCUUUGGCCCACGGCUUCUGUACAUGUGCACCCAGGGCCUGUUUGAGUGUCUGGCUCUCAAUCUGUACUGCCUGAGAGGAGAGCAGAGAGCCCUCACCGCUGUCAUCAACCACCGCAUCAGGAGGAUGUCUGCGGAGGUGAACCCCAGCCUGGUGAACUGGCUCACCAGCAUGAUGACCAUGAGGCUGCACGUGAUCCUGGAGCACAACCCUGUACAGGAGGCUGACAUCAACCAUUACGUCAUACACACACAGACUGAAGCAACCCAGAGGGUGGAAUCAGAUGUCCAGACCGAACAGCAGGCUGACAGUCAGAAUGUAGAG